GCCGGAUAAGCGGCAGUCCCUUGCUGACGCAUACGCCGCUGUACUUGCAUAGGUAUACGUAGAAUUCAUUGUAAAUUCGGAAUAUAUUGAGACAAAUCAUGUAAAAACAAUCUACGAAGACAAGGUGGAAAUGCACAAACUGAAGUAUUUCAAACAAGGGAGCGCAGUCACGCUCCAGGAAAAUAUUCUUCGUGAGUGAACAGGACCUGACCGGGAUUGAAGCGUGAUCGGAUCGGAGUUGGCGCGGACGUUUUUACCGGACAGAGAGCGGACCGUGACUGAACCGAUAUUGUGGAUCGGGCCUAAAAGAUAUAUAUAUUUACAGUAAUAAAGUAACAAUCAUCAUGAGCUUGAUCUUUGGUAGCGGUGACAGUAACAAUAAUUUGAGUGUUAUUAUUUUUGACGCUUCCAAAAACGAAAGAAAAUUGAAUGAAGAAUUCAAAGUGUUGCAAAGAAAAUUAAAAUCGAAAUGGAAAUUCAUUGAAAAUAACGAUGUCUUAACAGAGGAGUCAUUAUCAACAGGAAAAAUAUUGAUACUACCAGAGCCGCGAAAUAAAUUUACCGAAUUAGAAAUGAAUUCUAUUAGAGCAUUUUUAAAUUCUGGCGGACACGUAUUGGUUAUGCUCGGUGAAGGCGGUGAGAAAAAGUCAAAUACAAACGUGAACUUUUUAUUGGAAGAAUUUGGCAUAAUGGUGAACAAUGAUAGUGUAAUACGUAUGAGUUACAGUCAAACAAUGCAUCCAAAGGAAUGUUUUAUUUCACAAGGAAUGUCAAAUAAAUCAAUAUUUUCGAAAAAUCAUAAUGAAUACAUGGAUAUGAAUUUUUUAUAUCCAUAUGGCGCAACUUUAAAUGUCGCACAACCUUCUGUAGUUGCAUUAUCCAGUGGAUCUAUCACCAUUCCAACGAAUAGACCUAUUUGUGCAUAUCAUUACAAUGAAAUAAAUGGUGGAAAAUUACUUGUUUUAGGUUCAUCAAGAAUGUUAACUGAUACAUACAUUGAGAAAGAGAAAAAUGAUUCAUUGAGAGAAAUGAUAUUUGACUUUUUUGAAUCAAAAGAAAUUGUAGUCAAAGAAUCACAAAUGGAUGAAAUAGAUUUCUGGGAGUACAACUUAAUCCCAGAUAUAACACAGCAAGCAGAUAAUCCAAAAGUGUGUACCCAUGACAUGGAUAUGAUGGAUAAUCCUCAUGAAUAUACUAAACUAUUUAAACAUCAUUUUUAUUCAAUAAAUUUAGACAUGGUACCAGCUUGUAUAAAAGCUUAUGAAAUUUUAGGACUGAAACAUGAACCACUCACCUUAAUUCCGCCACAUUUUGAAGCUCCUUUACCACCUACUCAAGCUUCAGUCUUUCCACCAAGUUUUCAAGAAUUACCACCACCAGCCUUAGAAUUAUUUGACUUGGAUGAAGCAUUUAGUUCUGAUUUAUUGAAACUAUCUCAAUUAACAAAUAAGUACAUGGCAACAAAAGAUUUAUCAAAACAUAUGGAACUGAAUCAUUACAUUAGGGAAUUUGGAAGUAUUAUAAGGAUUAGUAAUUCUGAUACUGAUACUGCAAAAGAAGUAUUAAACUCUGUCUUUCAAAGUAUUUGCAGUUACAAAGCUAUGCAUGAAUGAAAAAAGGUCAUAUAAUUGUAAAUACCGUAUAUUUUUUCUUUGUAUUUGUUAUACUUAUAUGAAAUAAGUGUAAAUAUGUAUAUUUAUAAAAAAAAUUUAUUCUGUAA